UUUUUGUACAUCAAUAAAUAUUUAAUAUCCACAACACUAAUGUUAAAUAAACAUUUUAAAUUGCUGCUAAAAUGCUCACUGGCGAUUCCCAUCGUAUUCCUAAUCGACUUCUGCGGCCUGCUGACGCAUCUCCAUGAGCUGGACUUUGAGCGGCACUUCUACUACCCGCUGCACGAUGCGGGUCUGGACUCCUCCGGACUUUCCCGCUACGGAUUUCUGCAAAUGCCCGCAUUCACGGGCGUGGAUCUGCCCCGAUUGACUGUGGUGGUGAAGAGCGCCAUUGGCAAUGUGCGGCGACGCCAGGCCAUACGCAAGACAUGGGGCUACGAGUCGCGCUUCUCCGAUGUUCACAUCCGUCGCGCCUUUUUGCUGGGCACCUCGUCGGACAACAUGGACGAUGUGGCCCGGGAGGCCAAGGAGCAUGGCGACAUUGUGCACGCGGACUUUGUGGAUGCCUACUUCAACAACACCAUCAAGACAAUGAUGGGCAUGCGCUGGGCCAGCGAGCACUUCAACCAGAGCGACUUUUAUAUGUUCGUCGACGACGACUACUAUGUGUCGAUCAAGAAUGUUCUGCGGUUCCUUGGCCGCGGCCGGGAUACCCAUCAUCCGGAUCUGCUGUUUGCCGGCUACGUGUUUCAGACGUCGCCGCUGCGUCACAAGUUCAGCAAGUGGUAUGUCUCACUGGCGGAGUACCCGUUCGACAAGUGGCCGCCGUAUGUGACGGCCGGCGCCUUCAUCCUCUCCCGGAGCGCCCUCCUCGAGAUGUACGCGACCAGCAUGCGUGUGCCGCUGUUCCGCUUCGAUGACAUCUAUCUGGGCAUUGUGGCGCUCAAGGCAAACAUACCCGUCCACCACUGCGACGGCUUCCUCUUCCACAGACCCCACUUUUCCGGUCCCGAUAGCUACAGCGGCGUCAUAGCCUCGCACGGCUUCAGCGAUCCUGACGAAAUGGUGCAGGUGUGGAAUGAAUGCCGGUCGGCAAACUACGCGUAGCACACGCCUCUGACUGCGACGGACAAUUCGGAGGUCGAGGGUUACUCCACUCGACUGUACAUACAGAUGUAUUAUGACGUAGAUCAAAACCAAGCCUUAUUAAAGUAUAGUCUUGUUUUAAGCCUAUGUAAUGUGUAAAUACAUAUAUUAACGAUG